AUGGAAAAGGCACUUGCACGCUACGGUGUCACUCACCGUCUUUCCACCGCGUACCACCCGCAAACUAGUGGCCAAGUAGAGAAUGCUAACCGAGGGGUGAAGAGAAUCUUAGAGAAAACGGUAGGAAAAACUUGCCAUCUUCCGGUAGAGUUAGAGCAUAGAGCGUUGUGGGCAUUGAAAACCGUUAAUCUUAACCUUAUCGAGGCCGCUAGAAGGAGGUUCUUCCAAAUUCACGAGUUGGAAGCCUUGAGGGAUGCCGCCUAUGAACGAUCUUGGAGUAUCAAGGAAAAAACUAAGGCGUUGCAUGAUAGGAGGUUGCGAGGCUUGAAAGAGUUUAAGGUAGGUGAUAAAGUGCUUUUGUUCAAUUCGAGGUUGAAAUUGAUAGCAGGGAAAUUGAAAUCAAGAUGGAGCGGACCGUAUGUGGUGAAAGAAGUGUUUCCAUACGGCACAGUUGAAUUAUACGACGAAGUUGACAAAGGGGUAUGGAAGGUAAACGGCCAUAGAUUGAAACAUUACUUGGGAGGUCCCAUUGAUACCACCGAAGAGGAAGAAAUUCCUCUAGAGGACCCACCUACCUUCACCGAGCAGUGA